AUGUACGCUGCACGGGCAAAAAAAUUUCAGUUGAAGCCAGCGCCACCCGUUCAGCCUGACCGGAACUACCUACAGGAAUCCAAACAGCUGGUGGAAGAGUUCUGCGAAAAUUCAUCCAUCCACGGUGUCAAGUAUUUUGUCGGCUCCAAGCGGGCUCUGAUCGAAAAAGUGUGGUGGGUGGCAGUAUUUUUGCUCUCGUUGUACGGCUGUGGACGGUUGAUUUACUUCGUGUACCAAAAGUGGGACAACGAACCGGUCAUCGUGACGUUUGCCCAGAAACCAACUCCGGUGUUUCAGGUUCCGUUUCCCGCCGUAACCAUAUGCCCGGAAACCAAAGCGAAAUCGUCCGAGUUUAAUUUCACCAGGAUUUUCCAUCUUCAUCUCAACCCGGAAACUCGCAAAACUUUAAGCUUCUCCCAAACGCGUCAGCUACAAGCAAUGCUUCAGAUUUGCGAGUUUUCCUUCAACGAUCAACUAUUCAACCAAACUUACGACGAUGAUUGUGUGGCAAUUCUAAACAAUUUGUCAAUUCCACAGAUGGAAAUGUUUGUGUUGUGUGGAUGGCAUACUACUUAUGUUGAUUGUACGGAAGAGUUUACUCUAACUUUAACGGAUGUAGGAUAUUGUUAUUCGUUUAACCUGCUGAGUAGCAAUGACAUGCUGCGUAAAGACCAGAUUCAUUCCGAAUUUGAAUAUUCGUUGGAAACGCGACCGUCUACCAAUUGGUCCUUAGAUGAUGGAUACCUGUCCGGAACGGACAUCAAUACCUAUCCACGUCGUUCGCUAGGGGCGGGUAUAAAAGCUGGACUGACGGUCUUACUCAAAUCUAAUGAAAGCGAUAUGGAUUAUCUAUGCGGAAACUCUUUCCAAGGAUUCAAGGUAUUGUUGCACAUGCCGAACGAAUACCCGCAACUAUUGAACCAACACUUUCGAAUCCCGCUGAACCAGGAAGUGACCGUAGCCGUUACUCCACGGAUGAUCGAAACAUCGGACAACAUUGUAUCGUACAAACCAAUGCGCCGGCAGUGCUUCUUCAACAAUGAACGAUAUCUAAAGUUUUUUCGUAUGUACACUCAGUCCAACUGCGAACUGGAAUGCCUGGCGAACUUCACACUGAAGCGUUGCGGUUGCGUGAAGUUCUCCAUGCCUCGAGCGGAUCACGUGCGAAUCUGUGGCGUUUUGAUGGAGGCUUGCUACGAAAAAGCUACGGUUGAGCUGUUGGAGCUGGAAGUGAAAAUUCGAGAAGACCGUCGAUUGCGACAAAUGGAUGAAUGCCAAUGUUUGCCCGCGUGCACUGCGCUUCAGUACAAUACGGAAAUUUCUCAAGCUUCAUUCGAAUGGCAACGGUUACUGCCGUUGAUUCCGAUGAUCCAGAAAACUGUUCAGGGGACUCAGCUAUCACAUCUGCAAGUGUUUCUCAAAGAUUCACAAUUUAUACCGAUUAGGAGAAACGAAUUAUUUGGACUAACAGAUUUCCUCGCGAAUUGUGGCGGAUUGCUGGGACUAUUCAUGGGCGUUAGUAUCCUUAGUUUCGUCGAGAUAUUUUACUAUUGCGUCAUCAAGCCGGCUCUACUAUGGAGUACGGUAAAACCAAGCAGGAAAGAAUCUGAACCUAUCAAAGCCAUAAGCUGGUCGUACGAGUCUGAUGCCAUGCACUUUCGGAAAUUCAAUUUACAACACUCGAAUUAG